AUGGGUUUUGCCUCCAAGAUCGCCAACGCCCAGAUGAACAACCCCAACUCCGGCGUCUAUGGGGGAGCUGCUCCUGCCGGAUACACGGGCGGCCCUCCUCCUGCUGGUGGUGGCUCUGCUGGUGGACAGACUCAACAGCAACAGCCGCCUUCACAACAGCAGCAGCAGUCCCAGUAUCAGGCUUAUCCUGGCGGCUCGGCUGGCGGCUACCCUCCUCAGAAUGCUCCCUACCCUGGUGGCUAUCCCCCUCAGAAUUCGCCCUACCCUGGCGCCCCCCCACGUGCACCGCAAGGACCUCCUCCAAGCCAAUAUGGGCCUCCCGGCGGCGGCGCAGGCGCUGCUGGACCUGCAACCCCUCAGCAACUCGACGCCUAUCGCCAGCUUCUGAUCGCCACCAUUCAAGAAAAGAAUCUCCAGAAUUUCUACCCGCCCGCUAAGUUGGACAGACUGGUGCAAGGACUCGCCAGGGAUGGACCUUCCAAGAUCAACAGGAUCGUGAACGAAUUCUCUCUGCCUAUCGAGAUCGCCAUGGAUGUCAUCAAGCUUUCGCUUUACGACAUUGUCCUCUACGUCGACGACAGCGGCUCAAUCGAGUUUGAGGAGAAAGGGGUGAGAAAGGAACAACUGAAGCAGAUUAUUGGAAUCGUUGCGACUAUCGCAUCCACCUUCGAUGAGGAUGGUAUCAACGUCCGCUUUAUGAACAACGAACUUUCUCGCAACGGAAUUCGUAGCGUCGGCGAAGUGGAGCAACUUAUUGCUAGCGUUCGCUUCUCUGGUAUGACGCCUCUGGGAACUGGUUUGAAGAACAAGGUGCUUGACCCUUUGAUCGUGGGCCCAGCAAGAGCGAAUCAGCUGCAGAAACCUGUUCUCGUCAUCACCAUCACCGACGGACAGCCUGCCGGAGAGCCCCUUGACAGUGUCGCUCAGGGUAUUCGCUACGCCGUUGAUGAGGUUGGUCGAAGCCAGUACGGACGUGGUGCAGUUGCGUUCCAGUUCUCGCAGGUCGGAAAUGACACCAAGGCUCGCGACUUCCUGGGCAGUCUCGAUAACGACCCGAGCAUCGGAGGUUUCAUUGACUGCACAUCCAACUUUGAGGUCGAACAGGACGAGAUGUCGCGUGCUAGCCCUCCUGUUCACCUGACCCGCGAACUUUGGUGCGCCAAGCUCAUGCUCGGUUCGAUCGACGCCUCGUACGAUACCAAGGACGAGAAGGGCAGCCGUCCAAGUGGUGCGCCUUCUGGACCCCCUCCUCCAGGCCAAUACGGUGGAUACGGCCAGCCAGGAGGAUAUCCCGGUCAGCCUCCCUCUGGACCUCCUCCAGGCCAGUACGGUGGAUACCCUAAUCAACCUCCCGCCCCUGGCUACGGAUCACCUGCUCCCUACAAUCAAGGACAGCAGCAGUACGGCCAGCAACAAUAUCCCCCGAGUAGUCAAGCACCAGGAGGAUAUGGCCAGCAGCCCCCCGCUCCCAACUAUGGAGGAUCACCCGCCCCCUACAACCAAGGCCAGCAGCAAUAUGGCCAGCAACAAUAUCCCCCCAGUAGCCAAGCACCGGGAGGUUACGGCCAGCAGCCUCCUUAUGGCCAGCAACAAUAUCCCCCUUCCGGACGGUACUGA